GCCCUCCUCAAGCCUGCUGGUCGCCCGCGCACAGGCCGCUCGCCUCGCUGCUGCCUCGCCUCCAUCAUCGCGACCAUCAAAGUCUCGGGAUAAGAAGGUCCUGUUGCAAGGAUUUGUGCAUCUCAUUUUGUGCAGUUCUUUGCUCUUCCUGAGCGCUAGUCGGGUGCAUCUACCAUGACUUCUCCGAACUUGAAUGUCUUUAGUGGACGACCACGAGGUAGAAGGUUGUCUACCUCGUCCAGCUUGGCGCCUAAGAAAUCACGCAUGCCUUCUCUGUUUAAUAUUAUUCGACUUGGAGUGUAUACUGGCAUUUUGAUUUGCACUGCGAUCGUUCUGGGGAUUGCGGCGCAUUUCCAAGCCAUUCUCGUUUCUUCCGACUUAACUCAUUUCGUCCCAUUCGCAAUAUUCGUGUCAUGUGCAAGUCUACUGGUCAUCCUCGCAUUGCUUGUGUCGACUUUCUUCAAGCAAAAGAGUCGGAUCUCGACACGAAUAGAACUUGCCUGCUUGGGAUUCCUCGCUGUCGUCUGGUUGGCACUCGGCAGUUUUCUGGCAGCUUCUGCGUCAGCUGAAGCCGACGUGGAAUGUUUUUCUGCCGAUUCUACUCUUGAGGACCCUGUAGAGUUACACAGCUUUACCACCGACAUUUUCCAUGCCCAAUAUCGGGUCUUGGAAGCUUUCUCAAUAUUUAAUAUUAUUUUAGUUUGGGGGUUCUUGCUAUUUUUAUUAUUCCUGGUGCUUCGUCAGCACUUUAGAGGGAACAAGAAGGUCUGGAUGCAUCCGGUACCCGUUUAUCCAUGGUUCAGUAGCCGGUCCAGAUCCAGCCCGCAUAUGAACUCGCGCAAUAAGUCCCUUCCGGCGCCGGUGACUGCGAUGCCCAGUCGCCGCAAGGGAAGCACACGGAGACCACACGCAGCAGCAGACGUCUCGAAGCCGAAGAUGGCGGAGUAUCGCAAGUCCGCGUUCUGGGUGUGGGUAGAGCGACCUCGGGAGGUGCCUGCUGCACGCACACGGGCCCAGACAAGGGAUCGUGAACGCGAACGCGACAGAGAGCACGAACGUGCACAUGAACGGAGGAGAGGCGAGCCCUCGAAUCCUCCGAGGAGAACACACUCCUCACGACGUCCCGCACAGAAAUGAAAUGAAAGUAAUAUCUGUAACACUUAGAGGGAGAUUCCCGUUUCUUUUGGGUUUAUGAUUUUAUUACGGGGAACGCCUUGUUGAUACGAUUAUAACGGAAUAUCUGGAGCUUUACUUUGACAUAGAGGAAAUGGAAUUGUACUUUU